UACAGAUACCACGACGAGAUGGCAAAACUAAUCAUUAUUUUGGCAGUCAUCGCCACAGCUUACAGCGCUGUGAUUAAAAAUGAAGAUAUCCCACUGCAGAGGGUAGCGCGAUCACCUUGCAGCACAUGCGGUCCUCCACCACCACCUGGUCCCCCGCCACCACCUCCUCCUCCGCCUGGUGUACCACCACCACCCCCACCAAUACUCCGCACCCAAAACUGGAGUGGAUUAGCUAGAAGCUCUGACGGUCUUCAAAACGCUGUCUUUAGCGGCGCAGCUGCAGCAGCCAUACCAAGCCCCUUAGCUUCUGGCGAAGCGUUCUCAUUAGCAUCAAGCUCAGCUGGUUCAGGAGUUGACGGAUCGGCCAAUUCUGGAUCUGGCUCUGGUAGUGGAUCAAAUGGAGUUGGAUUUGGUACCUCAAAUAGGGCUGGUUUUGCCAAAUCUGGAGGUGUGAAGGGUGAUUUCUCUGCUGGUGGAUACGCUGGCGGUAACAAAGUGGUUAGCGGAGGAUUCAAAGAAUCUCACUAUUCAUAUCAUUCUGGAGGUAGUAAAGAUUUUAACAGUCAAGGGCUUCAGCAAGAUAGUCAAACAGGGGAAUCAAGCUCCUCGUCAUCGUCAGCGCAAGGUGGAUCAUUCGGAGGCAAUUACGGCGGUGGUAAUGGCGGACAUUCUGGAGCAUUUGGAGGUCGAGGAGAUGGUGACGUAGAGGGAAUACAAAGCCAUCAAUACAAAGGUGGUUUUUCAAGCGGCAAGGAUAAUGGACAAUUUGGAAACCAUGGAGGUUUCCUCCAACAGACGAAUCAACAAUAUGGGGCAGGACAUACUGAAGACUUUGGUAAUGCUGCAUCUUCGGCCCAGAGUUCAUCGUUCGGUGGCAAUGGACAAAAUGGAUUUUCAUCUGAAAGUCAGCGAGAAGGGGCUUCAUCAUUUGGAGGAAAUAACGGAGGAAACGGGCACUUUGGAUCCGGACAUCAUUAUGAAGUUCAGAACAGCGGCGUUUCUGGCAGGUACAGCAGUGGAGCAGGCCAAGGUAACUUUGACUCUGGAUUUUCUUCUCAAGGUUCACAAGGUCAAGGCCGAGGAUUUGAUGCGUCUGAAGCUCAAAGCAGUUCUGGUGCUCAAGGAGGAUUUGGAGUGGGUGGAAAUCAAGGAAACUCUCAAGUUUCUGGCUUGGGUGGUGGCUUCGGACAAGGUGCUGCAUCUGGGUCUCUUGCAGCCCAAGGAGGAUACUCAGGGGGAGCGGGUGCUGAUGCUUCGUCCGCGCUUAGUGGGGCCCUGAACUUGGCAUCUCAAGGUUUACAGACGGCUGGUCAAGCCAGUUGCUCUACUUGCGGCAAGAGUAGUUACGCCCUUAGCAACGCCAAGAGUCACAGUGGAUCUGCGGUAGCCAUUUCUGUUGGAGGUUAAAGUAACGAAAGAUAAUGAAAGAAAAUUAUUUUUGGAAUUUGUGAACAGCUAUGGAAACGAUUGACCUAAGUUAUUAAUAUUAAUAAAUUGCUUGUUAAAUAAAUGAAUUUGUUAACAUUUUGAUUUCUUAUUUUAUUUUUUAUACCUAAAAUUCAUAAAAAAUU